AUGCUGUCCAGCGGCCUGACGUCCCUGCUGCAGCGGCCCUUCCCCAAGAACACUGCCCGCUCCGCCAGACCAGCCGGGGAGAACCGGGCAGCUGAGGCCCCUGGCUGUCCCCGCCAGCUCGGCCCUGGACCUGCUCGGCUCUGGACCUGCCCAUCUCCGUCAACGCACGAGGCCCCCGUGCCCCAGGAAGGAGGGGCCGGCCUGGACCACGGGGUCAGCUGGCCUGGCUGUUCCCGCAUCCCUGGUCUGAGGAGCCCCGCAGCCCCGCCGCCUCCUUCAAGACGGGAGGGCGUCAGGGCUGCGGCUCUGGGACAACAGGAGGAAGGUUCUGGAGAGGACGCUGCCUGCCCGUCUCUGGCCCGGGCCUCCAGGCCCUGGCGCCGUGGUGGCCGUGCUUCCGAAGCCGGCGUCACCCUCCUCCUUCCUGAUCCUCCUGCUGCUGCUGCUGCUGCUGCUCCCAGCCCUCCCGCCUCCGGCCUCCGGCCUCCAUCCUCCCGGCCCUCGUCGCCCUCCCGGCCCCCACCCCCCAUCCUCCCCGCCCCCGUCCUCCCCGCCCUCCUCAUUCGCCCUCUUCGUCCUCCUGCCUCCAUCCCCACCCGGCCGGUCCUCCCGCCCCAGUCCCCCGGCCUCCCUGCCUCCUCCGCCCCCUCGUCUCCGUCCUCCCAGCCCUCUGGCCCCCAUCCGCCCUGCCCUCCUCGUCCGCCCUCUGCGGCCUCCCCCCGGCCCGUCUCGGUCCUCCCGCCCCCGCCCUCGCGGCUCUCCUCGUCCGCCCUCUUCGUCCUCCUGCCCCCGUCCUGCCCGUCCUCUCCGUCCUCCCGCCCUCCUGGCUCUCCCCGUCCUCCCGCCCCGUCCUCCCGCCCCCGCCCUCCCCGUCCUCCCGGGUCUCCUCGUCCGCCCUCUCUGUCCUCCCGUCCUCCCGCCCCCGCCCUCCUCGUCCUCCCGGCUCUCCUCGUCCUCCCGCCCCCGUCCUCCUGGCUCUCCUCGUCCGUCCUCCCCGUCCUCCCGGCUCUCCUCGUCCGUCCUCCCGCCCCCGCCCUCCCCGUCCUCCCGGCUCUCCUCGUCCGCCCUCUCCGUCCUCUCCGUCCUCCCGCCCCCGCCCUCUCCGUCCUCCCGCCCCCGCCCUCUCCGUCCUCCCGCCCCCGUCCUCUCCGUCCUCCCGCCCCCGUCCUCUCCGUCCUCUGCGUCCUCCCGCCCCCGUCCUCCCGGCGCCGCACAAAAUGGCCGCCGCUCCGCCAUCUUGUGUGCGAGGCGGGCGCUCCGCGGCCCCGAGGGCCUGGCCCGAGCCCAGCCCGCUUUGGCCUGGCCGCCCCGGGCUGGGCACCGGCCAGCGCCUGGGAGAGGCGGCCCUGGAGCCCGGCCUCCCCGCCUCGCAGACGGAGGCUGCGCCCGGAAGAGCAGCAGGGAGAGCCGCGGACGGUUCUAGAAUCGAGCGUGGGCGUCGCCCCCCCCCCCCCGCCUCGCACCCGCUUUCCUGCCCGAGGAGCCCCCACCGCCGGCCGGGCGCCAGGCCAGCCCUGGGCUCCCGGUGGCCAGCGGGGCUUCCGGGCCGGACGCGGGCAGCGCCUGGCCUUAGGCGGCAGGCCUCGCUUCCCGCGGGGCCCGGGGAACACGGUGGGCGAGUCCCCCGAUCGCUGCCCGGCCGGCCCGCGGGCGCUGGGCGCCUCCGUCCUGCACGCGGGGCCCUGGCUCCCGUCCGCCUCCGCUCGUGCCCUGUGCCGGCGGGAACCAGGCCCGGGCAGCGCCGCCGCCUCCGAUCCUGGGGGAACCGGCCUGCAGUCCUGCCCGCAGCCCGAGCGAGAGCACGGGGAGCGGACGCCUUGCCCCGGGCCGGCGCCGGCCGUCACCGCAGGGCCGGGCAGGUGGCCGGGCAGCCCUCCUGCCUCCGGGAGCCGCGAGGCAUCAGCGCUCGCCUGCAGGACCCGGGGGUGUACCCGUGGCCGGGCUGGAUCCUAUUGCCCUGGGGCCCUCCGGCCAGCAUCGGACCCCCGGCUUCCUAGCUCCCACAUCUCCGGGCAGUGGCAUUCGGUCCCGGACAUCCGCCUGGGGCCUGAAGGGGCCACCUGCCCAUCGAGGCCUCACACACCUGUCCCCGCUGGCCUGGCUCCUCCCAUCCCGGGCCUGCCCGGCGCCCUGCCCAUGGGCAGACACUGUGGGACCAGGGCUGGGCCGGCGGCGGCAGCAGCUGGCAGAUGGCAGGGCGACGGCCCACGGCUCCCCAGCAGCCUGGCCCAGGGCGCCCCCUUCAUGCUGCACCGCCUGUCCCUGCCGCCGACCCCCGACCAGACCACGGCCAUCCCCCCAGGAGAGAGGAGGUCUGUGCUGUCCCUCCCUGAGCCCAAGGCCCGUGGACCCUUCUAG